UUUUGAGUUGUCUUGAGGGUUAUCUUAACAUAGGCAUCGAUUGAACUUUGAAGCUAGAAGUCCCACAUCCUGAUUGCCAAUGGCUCAGUGCAAACUAUUGAGUGAUGCCCUUCAAAUGUCUCCAAUUCUCUACUUCCAUUGUUGAUGAAGAUAUGGUCUGGAGUUGACUUUUUACAUAUCCUUAGAAAUGUGAAGAGAUGGUAUAUGGCUAAAAAGGGCAGCCCGGGGCAUUAAAUCUUCCGCCAUGGCAGGGUCUGGGGAUGGACUGGACCACAAGGGUAUAUUGUAUGCGAUCUUACCCUACAUUUUUUGUGCUAGAGGUUGUUUCCGUUUCCACAGUUAGAAUCCAUGACCUUCUGAUUACAUGGUAGCAACUUGAUCAGGUACUCCAUGGCUCCACUUCAGAUGGUAUAUGGUUGACUUAAGACACAUCCCUUUGUCACCUACUUCCAGAAGUUGGUAACCAACUAUCCUGUCCUUGAAACGACUUAUCACCAGCCAAUUAUCAGUGUGUAACAUGCAAAUUUGCUCAAUUGGCUGCAUAACAAUCUCAGACUUUGUUCUUUCUUGCUAUUGAUCAAUUUACAAUUAAAACAAGUUGCUCUUUUAAGUAAAAUCAUUUGCUAAGAAGUAGGAAAAAGGAGAGCACUAUGAAAGAAGAAAGUAAUGUGAUGGUGAUUGCUCAGAGAAUGUUAUCUGGUGCUUCUCCUUCUUCAUCAACUCCACACUCUCCUGCUGCACAACCACCUUUGCCAACGCCAUCACCAUAUGCGUUCUCAGUGGCAUCGACAAGGUUGAGAUCAAGGCCUUCUCUAUAUACAUAUGAUAUUACCCUAAGGUCACUUGCACUCCUGUUCUCUUUCAUCUCUGCUCUUUCGUUAGCUGUACCAUCACCAACACGGACCAAACGAGGGAUUUCCAGAUUACGGGAUAACCCACAAUUAAUGUACUGCUUCACAGUAAGCAUAUUAGCUUUUAUCUACUCGGCCUUUCAACUCUUCAAGAGAGUUUGUGACAUUGCUUAUGGAGGGGUCUUGAUCUCCGAUAGGACCUCCGACUAUCUCAGUUUCAUACUCGAUCAGUUGGCAGGUUACCUCCUUGUGUCCUCUUCUUCAGUAACUAUACAAGUUAUUCAACAGAUGGACGGCCAUACCACUCUCUGGAAGGCAGCUAUUAUUGCUGUUUGCAUGUCAUUUAUUGCUUACGUGGUCCUUGCAAUCUCUGCACUCUUAUCAGGCUACAAGCUGUGCAAAAGGAUCAUAUGGUGAUGCACCGGGAAUUGAACAUAGACUUCAUCUCCAGGAUUGACAAAGCAAACAUAGCGUAAAAUGAGACAUAAUUGAAGCAUCACAAGUAGCAAUUGGGUGGCAUAUACCAACUAUCCUCGACUACACUAAUGGUCUGGUAGAAGCUGAUAACAAUAAGAAGAGGGGUUUGGAAGUUUAUAGCAAAGAAGAGAAAAUUUAGGUAGAAAUAUCCAUAUACAUUAUUAAUGUUGUGCCAUUGUGUUGGUGAAAAAACAGUAUAAGUAGUAACAAACUAGUUUGAAUUUCCUUGCUUCAAAGUAACAAUUUACAAUUCUCUUUCUAUAAAAAAUGCUUUACUACU